AUGCCCGACACGUCGGAGUUCCCUGAUGUUCCAGAACACGAGCCCGUAACCAGGCGGGACCAGUUUGCCGUCAAGGACUCCAAGGGAGGCCGAGGCGGCCGAGGAGGACGAGGUCGUGGUCGUGGUCGUGCGACGGCGGCCAAGAGCAAGAUCGUCAGGAAGGCAUCGGAUGGCACCCUGGAAGGCCAGCACACUUCCGGGAGCACGGGGCCUGUCGAGGUGCCUCCUCUCCGCCGCAAGCGGCCUUUGGAGGAUGAGGAUGAGGCUGCUGGUGCAGGAAAGCAAGGCCGAGCAAAGGCCAAGGCGAAGGCCUCUGCAAAGGCGAAGGCAAAGGCCUCUCCGAAGGCCUCUGCAAAGGCCAAGGCCAAGGCCUCUCCAAAGGCCAAGGGGAAAGCCAAGGCGAAAGCACGUGCCGAGCCGGAUGCAGCAGAGGAGCCGGGAUCAAAGCAGUGCCACUCGAAAGGGAAGGCAUCCCCUGCCGGUGACGAGAAGCUUGCUGCUGCCAAGCAGAGGACAGCAAGCCUGCUUGAGUCCAUGCAGAAGCCCAGCCCAGUGGACUUCACCAAGGCUGCCCACAAUCGCGACUUGCCCAACCCGGAUCAUCUUCGGAAGGCUCUUAUCUUUGAGAUCAUGACUUGCUUGGUUUCCUGCAACCAGCUGGGGAAGAAGGCCAAGCACAACCACGUCGAAAAGCUCGUGCCCCCAUCGACGGACAUGCGAUUUGAGUUGUAUUGGAGCAGGGCCUCUGUGGGCAUCAAGAUCAAGAGUCCAGGCUCCAAGGAGUUCAGGCAGGCUCCCUUCUCCAAGCUGCUGGCCGUGAAGAAGGAGAUGGUUGCAGAGGUGCAAGACUCUGAUGCUGCCCCGCGAGAGCCGGGUGACAUGGACUGGACGGACGAGAAAGGACAGGCCCCCGUGGCUGACACCGUGGGUACCAAGGCCGGGUUGCUUCCCUCACGCCGAACCUCGAACCCCUUUCGCCUCCCGGAGCUCGUCAAGCUCAUGGACACGGUUCAUGGGCACAUGGCCAAUAUCGGCAAGGCACAGAAAAGCAUCCAGGAUUCGGAGUCAGGCAAGCUGCCACCGGCAAAGGAAGAGUUGAUGAAGGACCUCGACAAGGUCGACGACACCUUCAGAACCUGCUUCCGCGAGCUCGCCGACUUCAAGGCUGAUUUGACGCUGCAGGAGAAGGAGACUGCUGGUCAAGUGAUUCGACAUGGGGUCAACAUCAUCGACGAGACUUUGAGGUGGCACAACAAAUCCUUUGGAUACAAGUACGAGAAACAAAGAUGGCAGCAGAUGGUUGUUAUAUACGCCUCCGCCGAAACAAUGGGCCCGGCUUUCCUCGAAGCCGCCCUGAUACAAAGGUUCAAAGGUCAGCAAGGCUGUCGCAACGAGAGAGAUGGCGGGGACACUGUGUGUGACCACUUGCAAGGGCUGCAGCAGAAGAUCGAUGCAGUCCGGAACACUGUGAAGAAGCCGACCUUUGGCCGCAGUGUUCCGGUUUUGUGUGCCGAUCUCAUUGCCUUGGAAUCCCGCAUCAAGCUGAUCGUGGGUGAUGUACGGUCCCGGAAGCGACCUGCCGAUGUCGAAGCUGAGAGGGCUGCAUGCACUGGCAUCAUCCAGGAGGCCAAUGCCAUCAUGGACUACGACCUUCGAGAAGAAGGCCCCGGGCGAGCAGCUGUCAGGCAUGGCUUACGACUGGAUGUUCCAAUAUCCUUUACCACACUGGGCGGCUUCACGCAGUACCCUUACAUCGAGGUUUCUUCGUGGAUACAGACUUUAGACUUGAAAGGCAAGCUGCAUCACCUUGUUUCUGUUGGUGAGAGUGCUAUGCCAGCGACCCUCGAAAGAUUUUGGACAAAUUUCAGAACGGGGCACGGUUCACAUCAAGUGUUCCAGAGUGGUGUGGACCUACAGAAUGCAAUCCCCGUCUACCUACACGGUGACGAGGGGACGACCUACAAGAAGGACGGUUGUCUCUGCAUCGCUCUGCAGUGUCCCCUGGGGAAGGGGACACGGACCACUAAGCUGGGGGACCUGGCUGACAUUGGGGAGGAUGCUCGCCAACGCUUGAACUAUGUGGGCCAUUCUUUUGAAACGAGGUUCCUUCUGAUUUCCGCCAUGAAGGAAGAGUAUCGACUGCAGCCGGAGAUGUACGAUGAGGUCAUCGAAACUGCUGUGAGAUCGCUGGACAAUGCGAGCCGGCAGGGAGUGGUUCUCAGGUCCAGAACUCCUGCCUAUGCAGGCACCCUUUACCGAGUGCAGCCUUGGGCACAGGAGCCUGUGUUCACACGGGUUUUGAUGCAUGAGCCCGACAAGAAAGAAUCGUUCCACAAGGAGAAUCGAAAAACGAACUACAUUCAGCGAAUUACCAGGGACACGCUGGCUUACAGUUCGGAGGCGAAGGAUUCACUUGGUGGCUGGAACAAAGGCCAGCUGACGACGAAUCUUUGCCAGUUCGUGGAGUGGUUUUGCAAUUUCAAGCAGCUUGACAAGAGUGCUGACGAGAGGGAUCGAUUGAUUGCGAGCUCAAGCCGUGCUUUGAAUCUCUUCAUGAAGCUGCUGUAUGCCGCCGGCCUUUGGCUGGAGAUUGCCCAGGCAACAAGGAUUGCAUCUGCUGGCAGGCACUUUUUGGCGGCUUACUCUCGCCUGGCACGGCUGUCGCUGGAUGCUGGCGAGUUGAGGUACACGAUGAUUCCGAAGAUUCAUAUGCUCUGGCAUGUCAUCGAGAACAUGACUGUGCAGUGCGAGAGCUUCGAGAUCGUCGAGAACCCGAUGGCGGAGGCUGUGGCGGUCGAUGAGGAUUUUAUCGGUCGAUAUUGUGCUCUGACUCGAUCUGUGUCUCCCCGUCUAAGGGUUCUCCGCUCCUUGGAGCGGUACCUUACACAGGUCGCACUCCUGUGGAAGAGGCAAGAAGAGUGA